CUGAUAUUAUGUAUGCGGACUUUAGGCCCCAAUGCGCCCUCUAGUGGGCUGUCUGCGCGGAGGAGGAAGCAGUAGCAAACCAGACAGGCGCGAUGAACAAGCGCGUAGUAUACAUGGCUGCCGCGCUUGCUGUAUUACUGACCGUUAUCGCGCUGGUCUGGGGCGGAGCACGCACCAGCGCUCAGGGUCGACGCACCGGGCGUUCCGCCACCAGCACGACCCCGCCCCUCUACGCCGUCCUCAUCGACGCAGGCAGCUCCGGCUCCCGCGUGCAUGUCUACACCUACACCAUAAACCAGCACUCAACGGAGUCUAGGGUGCAGCACCGGCUGCGAACACACUCAGCUGCUGCUGCCGCCGCCACACGCCGGCAGCUGAACCGUGUCACCGGCGGCGGCAUUGGCGCAAGCGACACUCCACCCCCACCGACACAUGGUCAGAACAGGGACCUUGGCUCCGGGCCCGCUGCCCAGAGCUCUCGACAUGCGCACACCACCGUCCGUGGCACUAGCACCAGCAACGACGCCGGCGCCGCUGCCGCCGCCGCCGGCCCCCGCAGCAGCAGCGGCAGCUCUCGCGGCGUGCCGCUGCUGCAGCGCUACCCGGACGUGUCGCUGCCGGGCCGGGUGCACCGCAUCCAGCCGGGCCUGUCGGCCCUGGCGCCGGCGGGCGAGGGCGCGGCAGACUACCUGGAGCCGCUGUUGCAGUUCGCGCGGCAGCAGGUGCCGGCGGAGCUACACGCCGUGACGCCCGUACAGCUGCUGGCCACAGCGGGGUUGCGGCUGCUGCCGGAGGAGCAGCAGCAACUGGUGCUGGCGGCGGCGGCGGCGGUGCUGGCGGGCAGCGGCUUCCUGUUCGUGCACCCGGGCCAGGCGCAGGCGCAGCAGCAGCAGCAGGCACAGGCGCAGCCAAACAUUACAGCCCCGCUCUCAAUAUUAGACAGAAUGCACCGGCGCUUGUUCGGUAGUAGCACUGAGGGCAGGCACGGCAGCAGCGGCGACGGCAGCAGCAGCGACGGAAGCAGCGGCAGCAGCGAUGCCGCAUUGGAGGCGGGUGGCGGCAGCGACCGGGUGCCGGCAGAGGAGCUGCGGGCGGAGGCGGCGGUGGCGGCCGGCAGCGGCGCAUGGGUGCGUGUACUCAGUGGCGAUCAGGAGGGGCUGUACGCCUGGGCCGGAAUCAACUACGCCGCGGGCCGGCUGCAGGCGCUGGCGGCGCAGGCGGCUGUGAGUCCCCGGCAGCGCGACGCGGCGGCCUGGCUGGGCUCCCAGGCCGCCGCCACUCUGGCCGUGUUCGAGCUGGGCGGCGCCUCCAUGCAGGUGACGCUCAUGCCCUGGGAGCCGCUGCCGGGGGGUCUCGGCCACCAGCUGGCGCUGCCGGGCGUCACUCGGCCGCUGUACACACACAGCUUCCUGGGCUACGGCCUGAAUGUGGCCUGGUUCCGUGGUGCCAUGCUGGUGGCUGACGGGGGCGCCGGCGAGGCAGCCACAGACCCGUGCCUCAACCCCGGGUACACGUCUCAGUCCAGCGGCGUCACAGGCAGCGGCAACUUCAGCGGCUGUGUGGCGCUGGCGGAGCAGCUGCUGGGCUUGGGGGUGGGGCAGGGGGCGCAGGGGGCAGGCAGCAACGGCUGCCCGCACACGCGCUGCUCCAUCGGCAGCGAGUACCUGCCGUCGCUUCUGCCGCUCUCCAACAGCAGCAGCGGCAGCAGCGGCGCAAGCAGCGGCUUCCUAAUCAUGGCCACCGAGGCGUUCCAUUAUACCAUAUCGCACCUGCGGCUGCCGCCCGCCUCCAGCCUGGACCAGCUGGCGGCGGCGGGUGCGGCCUUCUGUGCGCGGCCCUGGUCCGAGGUGGAGACGGAGCUGGUGCAGGAGCGAGGUGUGGAGGAGGACCACGCGCUCAAGCUGUGCUUUGGCGCCGCCUACAUUCACACCAUGCUGAGCAAGGGCUUCAGGCUCAGCCCUCAGGAGGCGGCACGCCUGCGCUUCUCCAACUGGGUGACACGCGCGGACGGGAGCCAGGUGGAGGUGAACUGGGUGCUGGGGGCGCUGCUGGCGGAGGUGGUGCCGGAGCAGCUGAGGCGCCUGGGGCCGAGCCCCACCGGGCAGCUGCACCCUGGGAUUCCGGGGGCAGCAGGCGCCGCAGCGGCGCAGCAGCCCAGCAUGGUCGCUGGCAGUGGCGGCGGAGGCGCGGCAGGCGGGGCCAGCCCUCGGGGGCUGGUGGCGGGCGGGCUGGUGGCGCUGGUGCUGGUGUCGGGGCUGCUCACCUGCGCCGUGGCGGCGGCGGGCGGGGAGGCGGGGAUGGCGGGGGUGGCGGGGGUGGCGGGCGGGCGUGGCGCCUCUUACCGUAGUCGCCGGGGCGGAGGGCCGGCGGCGCCUGGGGCGGGCCUGACGGCGGCCCUGGCGAGCGUGGUUGUCAAGGUGGUGGAUGCAGGCGGCGGCGGGGGAGGCGGGGGCGGCGGCGGGGCGGGCGCAGGCUGGGCCGGGAGGUUAGGGUCAAUGUGGGGAGGCGCAGUAGAUGCGGCGGCCUACGCUGCCGUCGACCCGGCGGCGGCAGUAGCAGGGGUCCAGGCCGAGGCAGUAGCAUCGGCAGGGCCGGGCUCAUCGGCAUUAGGCGCGGCAACGGCAGCGGGAGGCCCGUCGCCUUCGGCGCUGUCGUUGUUGGCGACGUUAGGGUUGGGGCCCCGCGAGGGGGGGCAUGGUGGCAGCAGUGGGGCUGCGGCUGCCAGAGCGGCGCAGCGGCGGGGAGCGAGCGCGCUGCUGCAGGCGUCCGGGCUAGGGGCAGGCGGUCUGGCGGGGUGGGCGACAGGGGAAGUGGCGGCACACUGCGGCGCGGCGGGUGGGGGCCCGGAGGGCGUGGAGGCGCUGGGUGCGGGGGCAGUGGAUGAGUCCAUGGCAGUGGCUAGCGGCAGCACGUCGGGAGUGGCGCCAGGCUCGCUAGAGCAGCGGCGAGGGACGCGCGCCGCAGUGGCCAUGCUGUAACGCGAUGUACAGUCCCCCAGUGGACUGU